AAUUUUUUUCUUAGCUAUACAUAUUGCAUACUAAGCAACGCGUCAAUCAUAUAUCCAUAGGCUUGGGUAUUAUGCAUGUCGAAUUGGGAAUAUAUACACAAGCAACCAUUGAUGGUAUUAUUCACUAUGCGGUAGAACUCUCGCUUAUCACCAUUGGCGGGAUUGCAGCCUACUUUGCGACACUAUAUUACAUCCCUUCAACUGCACAGACUCUUUUUCGGCGCAAUCUUUUCGGUAUCGACAUCAACAAAACCACCCCUCAGGAGCGCCAGUUGCUUGCGUUGAAGCGUAACGCCUGUGCCAACACCCCUGGUGCAGUGGAGGACCUUAAAAAGAAGUCUGUACCGGAGUCGCUUGGAAUUUUAUCGGGAGCAGUGUAUCUAUCUGUAAUUAUCAUAUUGAUUUUCUUGUUGCAAGAUGAUAUAUCAGGUAUUUCUGGAGCAUUCACAACCAUCUCUGUUAUGUUAUUGCUAGGGUUUGUUGACGACGUUUUGGAUGUGCGCUGGCGUUACAAAAUUUUUCUUUCUGUCAUUGGCUCACUGCCGUUGAUUAUGACAUACAGGGGCAGUACCACCAUCCUAAUCCCACCGGUCCUCGCGCAUUAUGUAGAAACCAUGUGGAACUAUGUCUUAUCGUCGAUACCGAAUAAUUCAUCGACGUUUCUGCAGCGGCGGGUGACAAAUUACCAUUGGGUACAAUACCACCAAGGUCAUUUGCUGCUUGCCCUCGGGCCCUUUUAUCUUUUCUACCUUUCUAUGUUGUGUGUCUUCUGCACGAAUAGUAUUAAUAUAUUGGCUGGCGUAAAUGGUGUCGAGGUGGGGCAGAGUGUCGUCAUUGCCGUUGGCUGUGUGAUUCACAACUUGGUGCAGCUUGGGUUAGCAAACGUUGCUGAGGGGGAUCCUAAGCAAACAAAGAACCAUGAACUAUCGUAUCUGUAUCAAAUACGCGCAUUAUUGCUUCUUGUUCCUUUUAUCGGGGUGAGUAUGGGUUUGUGGAAGUAUAAUCAUUAUCCUGCAAGAAUUUUUGUCGGGGAUAGCUACACUUACUUCGCGGGAACCGUUCUUGCGGUUGCAGGCAUCAUGGGAAGAUACAGCAAAACGCUUCUUCUUUUUUUCACACCACAAAUUAUUAAUUUCAUAAUUUCUCUACCUCAACUAUUUAAUAUUGUAAGUUGUCCAAAACACCGCGUGCCCAGAUGGAUCCCCUCCAGGGAUGUCCUUACUAAUAGUCGUAACUACACAUUACUAAACCUGAUACUAGUUGUGUUUGGCGACAUGCACGAAAAGACAUUGACAACAGUAGUGAUCAGUCUUCAGAUCAUCACCACCGCAUUGAGCUUUAUUGUUCGUUACAUUGUCGUUUCUUGGAUGUUCGAUUGUGUCUAG